AUGGCUGCCCACGGGGGCUCCUCCGCGGCGUCGUCGGCGCUCAAGGGGUUAAUCCAGCAAUUCAUCGCCAUCACCGGUGCAAGUGAAAGUGUAGGGAAACACAUGCUGGAAGCCUGCAACAAUAAUUUGGAGAUGGCAGUUACUAUGUUCUUGGAUGGUGGAGGGAUUGCUGAAGAGCCCAGUACAAGUUCAGCAAGUGUCUCCACUGUCAGACAACAUCCAGAAGAAGAAGUUCGUGCCCCAAUUCCUCAAAAACAAGAAAUACUGGUGGAACCAGAACCUUUGUUUGGUGCUCCUAAAAGAAGGCGGCCUGCACGUUCAAUAUUUGAUGGUUUUCGGGAUUUUCAAACUGAAACUAUUCGACAAGAACAGGAAUUAAGAAAUGGAGGAGCAAUAGAUAAGAAACUAACUACCCUUGCAGAUCUUUUCCGGCCACCCAUUGAUUUGAUGCAUAAAGGCAGCUUUGAAACAGCCAAAGAAUGUGGCCAGAUGCAAAAUAAGUGGCUGAUGAUAAAUAUUCAGAACGUACAAGACUUUGCAUGCCAGUGCCUCAACCGUGAUGUAUGGAGUAAUGAAGCUGUGAAGAAUAUUAUCCGGGAACAUUUCAUUUUUUGGCAGGUUUAUCACGACAGUGAAGAAGGUCAGAGAUAUAUACAGUUUUAUAAGCUAGGGGAUUUCCCCUAUGUUUCUAUCUUGGAUCCACGGACAGGUCAAAAACUAGUCGAGUGGCACCAGUUAGAUGUAUCUUCCUUCUUGGACCAAGUAACAGGAUUUCUGGGUGAACAUGGGCAGUUGGAUGGACUCUCUAGCAGUCCCCCCAAAAAAUGUGCCCGUUCAGAAAGCCUUAUUGAUGCAAGUGAAGACAGCCAGCUAGAAGCAGCAAUCAGAGCCUCCUUACAAGAGACACAUUUUGAUUCAACACAGACAAAACAGGAUAACCGCUCAGAUGAAGAAUCUGAAUCUGAACUUUUUUCUGGCAGUGAGGAGUUUAUAUCCGUUUGUGGCUCUGAUGAGGAAGAGGAUAUUGAGAAUCUUGCCAAAUCCCGAAAGUCUCCUCAUAAAGAUUUGGGGCAUAGAAAAGAUGAGAACCGAAGGCCCUUGACAGAGCCCCCUUCCAGAACUGAGUCUGGAACAGCCACAAACCACCAAGGAUUGCCAGCUGUGGAUUCAGAAAUACUAGAAAUGUCACCUGAAAAGUCAGACGGAAUAGUGGAAGAUGUAGAUGUGAACGGACCAAAAGCACAGCUGAUGUUGCGAUACCCAGAUGGAAAAAGGGAGCAGAUCACUCUUCCGGAGCAAGCCAAGCUUCUGGCGUUGGUGAAACACGUCCAGUCAAAAGGAUAUCCAAAUGAACGCUUUGAACUUCUCACCAACUUCCCACGAAGGAAACUGUCUCAUCUUGACUAUGACAUUACGUUACAAGAAGCAGGCUUGUGUCCUCAAGAGACUGUCUUUGUACAGGAACGAAAUUAACACCAAGCCUGACCUCUCUCAGCCCACCCCUUUGUCCCAUUUCCUGUGAGAUACGUUUUGGCUCAUUGGACCAUACAGCCAAACUUGGGCAAGCAAGUUUCCUGCCUUCUCUUUUAUUUCUUAUUCUCUCCUGUAAAUCAUUCUCUUCCCUUUCUCCCCCUUUUUCCUCUUUCCAAUUCUUUUUUCUGUUUUUCUCCCUUUCUUCCUUAUCUUACCUUGUGACCAAAUGGAAGCUUAAGGACAAGACCUCCUCAUACUGGAAAUAGGAAAUGUGUGUCCCAAUAAGUGGUCUCUUAAGAGCCCACUUUUGGGGGAAUCAAAUGAUACUACUCCUCAGACUGCUUUGGUGAAGGAAUGGCUAGCCUUGGAAUAAGAACAGCCACCCUUUUUUUUGGAA